CUAUUCCCAGAUAAUGUCCAGUAGUACUACUACUAUAGUAACCAAAAUACCCUAAUUACUUUUCCCUUUCUAUUGUAAGACAAUUUUUUUUUUUGCUUCUAAAAAUCUCUCUUCACUUUUCUUCAGCUCACAUCUUCAGAUCUCUUCUCCAUUUCUUGGAAAUUUCAGGUGAAAAAAGAAAAUGGUGAGACAAAAAAUCCAGAUCAAAAAGAUAGACAACUUGACAGCAAGGCAAGUGACAUUUUCAAAGAGAAGAAGAGGGCUUUUUAAGAAAGCUCAUGAGCUUUCAACUCUUUGUGAUGCUGAUAUUGGACUCAUUGUUUUCUCUGCUACUGGAAAACUUUUUGAGUAUUCAAGUUCCAGUAUGAUGCAACUGAUUGAGAAGCACAAGAUGCAGUCUGAAAGGGAUAAUAUGGAUAGUCCAGAACAAUUGCAAGCUUCUAACCUUCAGAGUGAGAAGAAAACCUAUGCAAUGCUUAGCAGGGAUCUUGAGGAGAAGAAUCAGGAGUUAAGGCAACUACAUGGAGAAGAGCUGCAAGGACUUGGCUUGGAUGAAUUAAUGAAAUUGGAGAAAUUAGUCGAGGGAGGAAUAAGUCGUGUCCUCAAAAUUAAGGGUGACAAGUUUAUGAGAGAGAUCAGUUCCCUCAAGAAAAAGGAAGCUCAACUGCAGGAAGAGAAUUCACUAUUGAGACAGCAAUCACAAGCAAGAUUGAAUGAAGAAGGCCAAAAUGCAAUUGAGCAAGGAAAUUCAGCAGAUUCCAUCACCAAUAAUCGCAGCUUAGUCAAUAGUCAUCAGGACUACAAUGACUCAGAAACUAGCCUCAAGUUAGGGUACGUACGUAGGAAGUACCCAAAUUCCAAACCCCGAACCUCAAAUCCUGAAACUGAACACUCUUCACGCGUCAUACGUUAUUUAUAUUCAUUUAGUUUGCUUUAUGUGUGCAGCUUGGCUUUUCCUUAUUGAGCUCGAUAUGAAAACCAGAGAUAUAUAGUUACUGAAACAAGAACUUGUAAUUUUCUAUUUAUUAUGCAUCGUAUAGUGAAAUGUAUAAAUUGAUUAGAUUGGUUGACCAGGCCCUGCGAAAAACUUUGGGACCAUUGAGUUUCUCAAGAAUCGAAGGGUCAACAACCUAAUCAGAGAGUAAUGUAGCUAGUUAGGUACUGUAUUGGUUGACAUCUAUUCAAUCAAAAACAGAUGUGUCAUUUUAAUUAA